UUGGCCUGUCGUCUACUUUUUCUUGUUAGAUUAGUUAGCGUCGAAACCCUGGUGGCUUUUGCAUGUUGUUCGGCUCUCGGGGUAGUGUCGCCGCAGUCAUGGACGAAGAUUACUUCGGGAGCGCGGCUGAGUGGGGAGAAGAUGCCGACGGCGCCCAGCAGGAUGAUGAUUAUGGAGAAGGAGAAGAUGAUGCAGAAGUCCAACAAGAAUGUUUGCACAAAUUUUCCACCCGGGAUUAUAUAAUGGAGCCUUCCAUAUUCAACACACUCAAAAGGUAUUUUCAGGCAGGAGGCUCUCCAGAAAAUGUAAUCCAACUCUUAUCAGAGAACUAUACUGCUGUGGCCCAGACUGUAAACCUAUUGGCUGAGUGGCUCAUUCAGACAGGUGUUGAGCCAGUUCAAGUUCAGGAAACUGUAGAAAAUCACUUGAAGAGUCUAUUGAUCAAACACUUUGACCCCCGAAAAGCAGAUUCUAUCUUUACUGAAGAAGGAGAGACACCAGCAUGGCUUGAACAAAUGAUUGCGCAUACUACCUGGAGGGAUUUGUUUUACAAAUUAGCCGAAGCACAUCCAGACUGUCUUAUGCUUAAUUUUACUGUGAAGCUUAUUUCUGAUGCAGGAUAUCAAGGAGAGAUAACCAGCGUAUCCACUGCUUGCCAACAAUUAGAGGUCUUUUCUCGAGUACUCCGUACUUCUCUGGCUACAAUUUUAGAUGGAGGAGAAGAAAACCUUGAAAAAAAUCUCCCUGAGUUUGCUAAAAUGCUAUGCCAUGGAGAGCAUACCUAUCUCUUCGCCCAGUCAAUGAUGUCUAUAUUGGCCCAAGAAGAACAAGGAGGGUCUGCUGUGCGUAGAAUAGCUCAAGAAGUUCAACGAUUUGCUCAUGAAAAAGGCCAUGAUGCAAGUCAGAUCACACUUGCAUUAGGUACAGCGGCUUCAUACCCCAGGGCUUGUCAGGCUCUUGGUGCCAUGUUAUCAAAAGGAGCUUUGAAUCCAGCUGACAUUACAGUCCUGUUUAAGAUGUUUACAAGCAUGGACCCACCUCCUGUUGAAUUGAUACGGGUUCCAGCUUUCUUGGAUCUAUUUAUGCAGUCACUCUUUAAACCUGGGGCCAAGAUCAAUCAAGACCAUAAACACAAGUACAUCCACAUAUUGGCCUAUGCAGCUAGUGUGGUGGAGACCUGGAAAAAGAACAAGAGAGUGAGCAUCAAUAAAGAUGAAUUGAAGUCAACUUCUAAAGCUGUUGAAACUGUUCACAAUUUAUGUUGCAAUGAGAACAAAGGUGCCUCUGAAUUAGUGGCUGAGUUGAGUACACUUUAUCAGUGCAUCAGGUUUCCAGUGGUGGCAAUGGGUGUACUAAAGUGGGUGGACUGGACAGUGUCAGAACCACGCUAUUUUCAGCUCCAGACUGAUCAUACACCAGUACAUUUAGCCUUACUAGAUGAGAUUAGCACCUGCCACCAGCUCCUCCAUCCCCAAGUCCUGCAAUUGUUGGUUAAAUUAUUUGAGACAGAGCACUCCCAACUGGAUGUAAUGGAACAGCUUGAAUUGAAGAAAACCCUGCUGGACAGAAUGGUUCAUCUGCUGAGUCGAGGUUAUGUAUUGCCCGUCGUCAGUUACAUCCGAAAGUGUUUGGAGAAGUUGGACACCGACAUCUCCCUCAUCCGCUAUUUUGUCACUGAGGUCUUGGAUGUGAUUGCUCCUCCCUACACUUCUGACUUUGUGCAGCUCUUUCUUCCUAUUCUAGAGAAUGACAGCAUUGCAGGUACCAUUAAAACAGAAGGAGAACAUGAUCCCGUGACAGAGUUCAUAGCCCACUGCAAGUCUAACUUCAUUAUGGUAAACUGAAUCAGUCUGCUGCUGAAUCAAAGGUUUCAAUAAGACAUUUCUAGGUGGAACUCAAGAAGUUGUGAGGACCAUGACCUGAACUUCUGGUGGAAAAGACUUUUUACUGACCCUAUGGGUUAUUUUAAAUGUGUGGAAUAUCCAUCUAAAGAGUUAUUAAAUAAAAUUUGGAAGGACUUAA